GUGUGUGUGUGUGUGUGUGUGUGUGUGUGUGUGCCAUCUCAGUCGUUCCAACGCCGCCGCCGCCGCCGCCGUCGCCUCCGAAGUGCAACAAAAUCAACCCGCUCCCCGCCGCCGCCGCCCCGGGGGCUAUGUCUUCCUGCUUCUUGCUGUUGCCCACCCCCCCAGCGAAUCUCUCUCUCCAUCCCUCCCUCUCUCUCUCCAGAGAAAUCUAUCCAAUUCACGAGAUCGAGGCUUUCCUCUCUCGACACGAAAGCAUAGGCGGGCUGUUGACUCGAACAGCUCCCCUCAUCCGUCCCCUCUAUCAAAAGGCACGGUUCACGGCGGAUCUGACCCGUGUCUUAUCGGCCAGCACACACGCCAGCAGUGACGUCGUGCAUUUUUUUUUCCUUACCUACCUAGUCAUCCAUCGAACGACAACGUUCCGCCUAUCCCGACCCGCGAUACGACGAGCCUUUUUGAGACGGCACCUUCCGCGUCCCGCCUCUCUCUCGCCUUCUCCGGGGGUUUUCGCUUCUUGGGGGCUGGAUUGGAUUAAUACAUACGCUCUUGCCGCCUUCCGCUUGGUUUCUGUCUCGGUUGCUGGAAUAUUGCCCGAGUCCGCCUUGCGUGACGAGCCGCCGCUGCAUCUGGAUCGAUCGAUUCCCUUGACAGCCUCCUCCUGCCUCGUCGUUCCCCUCAAGGUAUGUGCCAUACACAGUCUUUUGUUUUUCUGUCCUUGCGCCCCUUAUGACCACGGAUUUUGUGACGCAUGAUGUGCUCACGGCUUUCGCCAUCUGGCGGGCCUUUCUCUACGCGUCCUUCUCAACAUCCUCCUUGCACCGCCCAGCGCCGCCAUGCGGCCGCGUGCAAGACACUCUUCUUCCCCCCUGCCUUGCCUUGCUCUCGUCCGCAGUCGUCCCCUGCAUGGUUAUGCGGCUAACAAUACACUACCUCAGCAGCAGGUUCGCACCCGCUUCGUCCCUACCUACCUACCUACCGCGCAGUCUUCAUAACCCCCGACGACCACCUAUGAUUCCAUCCCCGAGCCAAGUCUUGUAGCUUGUCGCUCGCGCCGACCCGUCACCUACCUACAACCUUUUCCUCACCACCGCAAAACACGAAACUCGCCCUCACCCCUCCUUUCAUCUCUCCCACCCUCUCUCUCUACACUAUAGUUAUAGGCCGGCCCCGCGUUUGGGAUGCCUUAUACGCCGCCGUCACAUCGGUCACCCGCUUCUUCAGCCUCCGCGUCCCCUGAUGUGAGCCGUCGCUCAUCGUUCCAGUCUGGGCCUUCCAGGCCGUCACUCCCCCGAUCUGCCUCGUACCUCAAUAAGCACCGCCGCACCCCCUCCGUCACCAGCCUCGAGAAUGUCCAAACAGAGCCCAUCACAACGACAACGACGACGACGAUGAAGAAGGGCGUCGUCGUGAACGGGAGCAGCCUAGGAGGGAGCGUGCGGCAAUCACCACCGCCGCCCAUGGACGGGAGGCAACUCAUCCCCAAGGGGGCCAUCGUCUCCCCGCCCGAAUCCGCCACGUCCGGGAGCGACGACGAAGAGCUCAUCGAGAUUGUGGGACGGGACCGAGCCACGCUCAAGGACUUGCGCAACGCCGUCAGCCAAAUCCCCCUGCCCGCGACGUCGCCACCGCCGCCGCCGUCCAACAAUGCCAAGCAAGAAACGGAGCCUGAGCCCAAAGGCGUGCGCUUGUGCUUGAGCACGAGCGCCAUCAGCAACCUCCCCAAGGUCGGCCGCAAGCUCGGCCACGUGCGCUCUGCCACCGAGUCCACCAUCACUACCCCCCGAUCCGCCGAUAACUCGGUCCUGGGCUCCGAGGAGGACUCGGAUGAGGACCUCAAGUAUAAGCCGCAGAUGGUCCGGAAAAAGUCUGGAGAGCUCGUACGGCCCGCGCUGCGUGCCUCUCAUCACCGGCGGCCGACGAGCAUGCCCGGAACCCCCAUCUUCUCCAAGGCCGUUCACUUUGACUCCCAUCUGGAGCACGUACGGCAUUUCCUGCAGGUCGACCGUCCUCUGGCCGUCAGCGCGGGGUCGUCGCCCGUGGAGAAUUAUGAGAGCGAUGGCGAGUAUCCCUUCCCCGGUAACGGCAAGUCGGGGGGCGCUCGCUCGCCGCCGUUUGAGUGGGAGCUCGUCACGACCAACUUCCCACAUGACUCGCACCACCGCAAGGCGAUGCCCGUCAGGCUAGAAAAGGUGUGGCUGUCGAGCGAUCAAAAGUCACUGCUCGGCUCCAUCGCCGUGGCCAACCUGGCCUUCCACAAACAAGUGACGUGCCGCUUCACGCUCGACUACUGGAAGACGGUGUCCGAGGUGGCCGCCGAGUACAGCCACGAUAUCCGACCCCGGGAGGCGCCGGUGCCCUACGACCGCUUCACCUUCACCAUCAAGCUCUCCGACAUGGCCAACCUCGAGUCCAAGACUCUCUUCUUCUGCGUGCGCUACGCGGUCAACGGGCACGAGUUUUGGGACAACAACGGCUCGACAAACUUCCAGGUCGACUUCAGGAAGAAGCACCUGCCGCAGAACGGUAAGAACAACUUCGGGGGCGCUGCGUCCCGGCCUGCCAACAGCAACAACAACGGCCUGCCGCGCAGCAGCAACCGCAGGCCUAAUAACAACCUGCCGUCGAGCGCGCUGCGGCCCGUGUCGGUGCCCGUGUCCCUGGACGCCUUUGGCAGCGAGCCCAACAAGCUCGCCUUUGACCAGCCCAUCCACGAGUACCUCGGCGAGUCGGGCCCCCUACGGCUCAAGACCAAGUCGACGGCCAACCUGGCCAGCGACAACAUCGCCACGAACCUGACGUCGCCCAGCGGCGUCGCCUUCUCCAACCGAUAUGACUUUGGCGCCUCGCUCAGCGCCGCCAUGCAGGUGGCCAAGGACGCAGCGGCGGGGGCUGCCGCCGGCAAAGACAAGGACGCGCUGUAUAUGAAGCCAAACGUCCGUGGCGGCUUCGAGCCCUCGUCCUCUUCGUCGGGCGUCUCCCAAUUAUCAUCGGCGGCGGCGGCGGCUGCUGGCGCAUCGCCGAGCUCGAGCAGCGACCACACCCCCAACGGAUCUCUGUCGCCGACCCCGAGUCUCGCCAGCGCGUCGUACGAGGAACUCGUCAACAAAUACUGCUUUUUUGGCUCUUCCAAAUCGAGUCCCACCAUGAAGGACGGGACGCUCAAGAACGGGUCGUAUGAUGGAACCGCGGGGGCAGCAAGCGAGGCAAACAAGUCGACCGAGGGCACCACCGCUCGCGUCGAGCCGACAGCCGCCCACCACUCGAUCCGACUCGGCGGCAGCUCGAACCCGUACUUUCCUUCUCUGAUGGCGGUGUCGGUACCUGCGCCAACAGCGAUGCAGAAUCUAGUCAACCUGGGGCCGAGCGAGCAUCGAUCCGCGUCGGCGACGAGGAGCUCUUCGACCAUGGCCACGCCCUCGGCGCUGGCUUCUGGAGCUGGGACGCCCGCGAGCGACGUGUCGUAUCACAGCGCACAGAUGCCGGAUCGGUUUCCCUGGACCACGGAAUCGCAGUCGGCGACGGCGAUUCGCGGCUAGGAGCGCGGCGAAGAA